GGAAAGUCCCACGGAGAGGCGGAGGCUUCGGCCUUCCUCGCCGGACGGGCCUGGGACUCCCCUCCGGGGAAGGGACGAAGCCGUGACCGCCUCUCCUCCCCCCCUUCGCCCCUGCAGGAGGACGGGCGAGCCCGGCGGAGGAAGGAAGGAAGGAGAGGAGAGGAGGCCCCGCGGAGCAGCCCCGGGAGGAGACGGCGGGAAGGCCCGGCAGGGAUGAGCCGAAGGGCACUCCGGGAAAGGAGGCCGCCCGGAGGGAGAAGCGGGGAGCAGGAAACGGGCGGAGACCCCGAGACGGGCCUGGAGGGCGGAGGGUCCUUCGGGACAGGCGGAAGACUUUGGAAACACCACAUAAUCCUGGAGGGAGGAAAGAAAUAUGAAUGUUCAGAAUGUGGAAGAUCCUUCAAAAGAAAUGCAGAUCUUAAAAAGCAUCUAAGAAUCCACACAGGAGAAAAACCACAUAAAUGCCUGGAGUGUGGAAAAUCCUUCAGAUCAGAUGGAAAUCUUGAAAGCCAUCUAAGAAUCCACACAGGACAGAACCCUUAUAAAUGUCUGGAGUGUGGAAGGAGCUUCAAUCAGAGGAGCAACCUUUAUGUACAUCAAAGGAUCCACACAGGAGAAAAACCGUAUAAAUGCCUGGAGUGUGGAAAGAGCUUCAGUUGCAGGAGCACCCUUUAUAGACAUCAAAAGAUCCACUCUGGAGAAAAACCGUAUAAAUGCCUGGAAUGUGGAAAAAGCUUUUAUCGGAGGAGCAACCUUUAUGUACAUCAAAGGAUCCACUCUGGAGAAAAACCAUAUAAAUGCCUGGAGUGUGGAAAGGGUUUCAAAUGGAGGAACAAUCUUUAUGUACAUCAAAGGAUCCACACGGGAGAAAAACCGUAUCGAUGCCUGGAGUGUGGAAAGAGCUUCAGUCGGAAGUUCAGCCUUUAUCUUCAUCAAAGGAUCCAUUCAGGAGAGAAACCGUAUAAAUGCCUCCAGUGUGGAAAGAGCUUUACUGAAAGUGGAAGUCUUCGUAAACAUCAAAGAAUUCACACAGGAGAAAAGCCGUUUAAGUGCCUGGAGUGUGGAAAGAGCUUCAGUCAGAGAGGAAACCUUUAUAAACAUCAAAGAAUCCACACAGGAGAGAAACCACAUAAAUGCCAGGAGUGUGGAAGGAGCUUCACUCAGAGGGGACACCUUUAUAAUCAUCAAAGAAGUCACACAGGUGAGAAACCGCAUAAAUGCCUGGAGUGUGGAAAGAGUUUCAGCCUGAAAAAAACUCUUUAUAAUCAUCAAAGAAUUCACACUGGAGAGAAACCCUAUGAGUGUCCAGAGUGUGGAAAGAGCUUCACUCAGAGGGGACACCUUUAUAAUCAUCAAAGAAUUCACACGGGAGAGAGACCGCAUAAAUGCCUGAAGUGUGGAAAGAGUUUCAGUCUGAAAAGAACUCUUGAUAAUCAUCAAAGAAUUCACACUGGAGAGAAACCCUAUGAGUGUCUAGAGUGUGGAAAGAGCUUUACUCUGCGGGAAUACCUUUAUAGACAUCAAAGAUCUCACACUGGAGAGAGACCCUAUAAGUGCCCGGAGUGCGGAAAGAGUUUCACUCAGAGGGGAAACCUUUAUACACAUCAAAGAAUUCACACUGGAGAGAAACCCUAUAAGUGCCCGGAGUGUGGAAAAAGCUUCACUCAGAGGAGACACGUUUAUAAUCAUCAAAUAAUUCAUACUGGAGACAAACGAUAUAAGUGCCCUGACUGUGGAGAGAGCUUUAGUCAGGGGGGAAGCCUUUAUAAACAUGAAAGGAUCCACACAGGAGAAAUACCAUAUAAAUGCCUGGAAUGUGGAAAGAGUUUCAGUCUGAGGGGAGACCUUUAUACACAUCGAAGAAUUCACACUGGAGAGAAACUCCAUAAAUGCCUGGAGUGUGGAAAGAGUUUCAGUCUGAGAAGAACUCUUUAUAACCAUCAAAGAAUUCACACAGGACAGAAACCCUUUAAGUGCCUGGAGUGUGGAAAGAGCUUCACUCUGUGGGGAAACCUUUAUAGACAUCAAAGAAUUCACACUGGAGAGAAACCCUAUAAGUGCCUGGAGUGUGGAGACAGCUUCAGUCAGAGGGGAAACCUUUAUAAUCAUCAAAUAAUUCACACUGGAGAGAAACCCUACAAGUGCCCUGACUGUGGAGAGAGCUUUAGUCAGGGGGAAAGCCUUUAUAAACAUGAAAAGAUCCACACUAGAGAAAAACCAUAUAAAUGCCUGGAUUGUGGAAAGAGUUUCAGUCUGAGGGGAAUCCUUUAUAGACAUCAAAGAAUUCACACUGGAGAGAAACCAUAUAAAUGCCUGGAGUGUGGAAAAAGCUUCACUCUGCGGGGAAACCUUUAUACACAUCAAAGAAUUCACACUGGAGAAAAACCCUAUAAGUGUCCAGAGUGUGGAAAGAGCUUCACUCUGCAGGGAAACCUUUAUAGACAUCAAAGAAUUCACACGAGAGAGAAACCCUAUAAGUGCCAGGAGUGGAAAGAGCUUUAGUCAGGGGGAAAGCCUUUAUAAACAUGAAAAUCCACACUAGAGAAAAACCAUAUAAAACCGGGAAUGUGAAAGAGCGUCAGUGGGAGAGGAAACCUUUAUGCACAUCACGGAAGAAAAUCCACAUAAAUGCCUUGAGUGUGCAAAGGGUUUUACACCUCAGUCGACAUCAAACUAUGCAGACAAGAAAAAAAUCCUAUAAAUGCCUGGAAUGUGGAAACAGCUUCACUGAGAGAAAAGCUUUAUAGAUAUCAAAGAUUCCAUACAGAAAAGAAACCAUUUAGAUGCCUGGAGUGUGGAGAAUCAUUCACAGCAAACAAAAAUCUCAGACGUUAUCAAAAUAUUCACUAUAACUUAUGAUGUGUGGGAAACCUUUCAGUCAGAAUAGGUCUCAGUAAAAAUUAUAAACUUUACACAGAGAAUAAAGUUUAUAAAUGCACAGAGUGUGCUAGAUUUUUCAGAAUAAAUGGCAGUCUCAAAAACGAACUAAGAAUCCAAGCUGUUUUUUUAAAGAGGCAACUGGACUUUCUUGUUUCUUUGAAGGCUUUUCACUUCUCAUCCAAGAAGCAGCUUCAGCUCUGACUGGAUGGUGGAGAAGGAUAUAUAUUCCUUACAGAUAGCUGAUCAUUUGCAUUCUUUUAGAGAGUUGCUGAGGCCACUUGGAGGUUUAUCUGUGUUCUCAGGAUCACUUGAGUAGUGCAAAUGGGUGUGUACCGUAACCCUCUCUGUCCAACAUACGGACUUUGCUGUCUUCAAAAGAGCGGCCUUUGUCUUUUAAAUGCAGAUGGACUGCUGAAUCUUGUCCUGAUAAGGUAUGUUGUGCCAUGCAUUUAUGAAGUGGUUGUUCUCCCCAAUGAAAAGACAAAGGGCAUUCUUUUAAAGACAGCAAAGUCCACAUUUUGGACGGCGCUGGCUUGAAAGGGGUCAAAGAGGCCCUCUGUGUCAAAAUUUAACAGCUCUCUCUCUCGACGGGAGGGGUAUCAUCAUCUACCUACAGUCUUCAACACAGUCCUUUCAGCAGUUCCAAGAAGGCUCCACACCCAUUUGUACUAUAAAAGACUAUAAAUGACCAGCUGUCUUCAAGGAAUAUAAAUCCUUCCAUUGUCCACCUUCCAGUUAAAACUGAAGAAGCUUCUUGGGUGAGAAGUGAAACAUCUUCAAAGGAAAAACAAGUCCAGUUGCCUCAUGAAAAAGCAUCUUUGGGAUGACCGAUAGCCUAUUGACAUGCAAUAGCAGACCAGUGAGUGAGUUCUGGCCAAAGUCAGAAUCGGAAUAGAGCUGGAUGGGCCCUUGAGGUCACCUAGUCCAACCCAUUGCUCAAGCAAGAAAUACUAUACUAUUCCAGACAAAUGGCUGUCCAGACUGAUGGAUUUAUGGUCAAAUAACAUUUUAAUUAUGAUGUACCUACCCUGAAAUCCAAAGAGGAAUAGAAGAACCACUUAAGUCUGGGGCCUACUGACCUCCCCUCCAAGUGGCCACCAUCCCAAGGAAGUCUCCCAUGUUGUUGCCUCUGCCUAACGGGGCAUGUGACACGGUGGUAUUCAGUCAUGAUUGGCAGCCACACACGGGGUGUUGAUGGUCGCUUUCUCUCAUGGGUGCCUAGAACAAUGGUAGUCAACAUGUGUUAUUUAGCUGACAUAUUAAAAAUUUUAUUAACUAAAUAUGAGAUAGUAGACAUUAAGAGAAAAAGAGAGGAAGCAUCUGAUGUGGAAAAAACAAAUUCUGAUUACUAAGGUUAAGAUAUUUGGAAAUUAAUAGAAAAUAAGUAUGUUAUGCUGUAUUACUAACUAGAUGGUGUAAGGUGGUGCAAAAUAGAUAAGAUGUGUAUCCUGAAUAUUAGAUUGUGUAAUGAAUUUGGUGAUGGGAAUAUUGGUUACUCCAAAUCUGGAAAUUACAAUUCAUAAGUGUUAAAUUCAAAUAUUAACGGGAAACUAAAAUUUGGGAAAACUGAUUAGGACAUUGUCUAUAAAGAUUGGACGUUAAAAUAACUAUGUAUAAGUUAAAAAUUAUUGAUAACUGUAAAAAUGUUACACCCUUGCAUUCUCUCUCCCUCCCCCUUUUUUUGUCAAGCUGUAAGUGAAUAUAGGUGAAAGUGCCAAUUGGGCUUGACAUGGUGACGCCCUGGAAGAAGGAUAGACCUGGAACAACAAUAAACAUACACAUCAUUACUGACAA